AUGAGCGCAUCAGAUAUCGAGUUCCUGCGCAGCCAGCUCCGGCAAUACCCAGACUUCCCGCAAAAGGGUAUCUUAUUUGAAGAUAUCCUCCCCCUCUUCAAGUCACCCAAGGCCUUCAAGCUCCUUGUGCACUCUCUCGCCAAGCACAUCAAGGAGACACACGGCCAAGUCGAUGUCAUUGUGGGUUUGGAUGCACGCGGCUUCCUCUUUGGACCGACCUUGGCGCUUGAGCUCGACGCUGCUUUUGUACCGGUCAGGAAACUCGGCAAGCUACCAGGCCAGUGCGUAACGGCAGAGUACAUCAAGGAGUACGGCAAGGAUAUCUUUGCCAUGCAGGAAGAUGCCAUUUCACAAGACCAAAGAGUUAUUAUUGUGGAUGAUAUUAUCGCAACGGGAGGCAGCGCUGGUGCAGCUGGUAAGCUGGUCAAGAUGGUGGGCGGCAAGACAAUGGAGUAUGUGUUUUUGCUGGAGCUGGACUUCUUGAAGGGAAGGGAUCAGUUGGAUGCGCCGGUGUUUACGCUGCUCAAGAGUCAAGAGACGAAGCAGCUAUAG